AUGGACCACCAGGCGCGCCGAGCGCGCAACGCACGCAUAUGUACCGAGAACGAGGCGAUCAUCCGCUCCGGCGAGUACCGCUCGCCCGGGACCAGCGCGCGCAUCAACCUCGCGUCGCUCGUGACGGCCUCCAAGGGCGGCACCAAGUCGUACACGUCGGGCGGGACAGGCCGGCUCCUGCAGCGCUGGGACCCGUCGGCGCUGCCCCCGUCCAUCGUAUCGGGGCCGUCGGCGCGCGCCAGCCACCCGGUGCACGCGACGACCUUCGAGGUGACCGCCGAGACAAGCACGCAGGCGGCUGAGCGGCUCGCGGCGGGCCAGGCGCCGGCGAUCGCAGUGCUCAACUUUGCGUCGGCGAAGCACCCGGGUGGAGGGUACCUCACCGGCGCUACGGCGCAGGAGGAAGACCUGUGUCGCAGCUCGGCGCUCUACACGACCCUGCUGGCCGCGCGCGAUUUUUACAAGGCGCACAGGGAGAGCUCGGACGCGCGGUACACGCACCGCGUCAUCUGGUCGCCCGAUGUGCCAGUGUACCGCGACAACGACUACAAGCUGCUGCCGAUGCCGUACCUCGUGUCGUUUAUCACGGUCGCCGCGCCCAACCUCGGGCCGCUGAUAAAGGGCAACGCGCGGUCGCUGCAGCACAUCCCCGAGCUGCUGGAGGAGCGCGCGGCCCGCUUCCUCGCCGUUGCCGCGCACCACGGCGCACGCACGCUCGUGCUCGGCGCAUGGGGCUGCGGCGUGUUCCAGAACGACCCGGUCGUCGUCGCGCGCGUGUUCCGCGACCUGCUCCUCCGCCCCAAGGGGCUCUUCUACGGCGCGUUCGAGAAGGUAGUCUUCGCGAUCUACGAUCCUAGCAAGGAGCAGGCGACGAUGAAGGCAUUCACGGCGGCGUUUGCGGCGGCACCGAAUGUCAGCCACUACGGAGGGGACACACUCAAGAAGAUGCGUGCGGCGGUGUCGUUGCCUGCGCCGGGGGGUUCGUCAACAGCGCUGGCUAGCCCUCCAGGUUCACCACCGCCACGCAGCCCCGUCCCAUCGCCGCCGCCUGUAAGACGCGACGCACCAACAUCGCCUCAGCCUUCUGGUGCAGCUCAGAAGGCCCCACGGACAGGUGCCACUCCCUCUGCGGGCCAGGCAGCAAGAGGCGGCGCUGCAAAACCACAGAGAACGCUCUUCGACUUUGGGUUCAAACAGAAGUAGGCCGUCGUUGUGAUCACUACCUUCGUCUUCGCUCCAUUCCCAGUGCAUAGUAUCACCACACGCUGUGCAUAGCACGUCGUCACCAUGUUGUAUAUCUUGGGGGCCAUAUACGCCCGUUUGUGCGUUUACGUAACCCAUCAGCGGCUAUUGACAAACCCGGAAUGAUGUUAUUUAUCGAG